AGCCCAGAAGUAUCCGGAAGCUACGACUGCUUGCCCAACCCACAGGCAGCAGAACAAACACGCCGACUAUUCUAUCUCUAUCCCGCGAUAUAGGGAAAUAAAAGUAUCCAAUUGACACAUCCCAUCAGCUACACGGCCUUCUGGGAGCGUGGAAUCUUUAAUCAGCGUUCGUUCAACAAGCACACUUUUGGAUGGGUUUCAACAUCGCCUUAUAGUAUCCACGGCGACGCUAAUGCUUGUGUCGAGUUGUGUAUUACGCACGGUUUUUACGUGGAACUAGGACCCACGUCUAACAGAGAGCGUUCGAUGCCCCGAGCAUUUUAUAAGCAUCGGUCCCAGCGAGCCGUGCUCUGCUGACGAGACACCGAAAUAGGUAGAUUGUUUUCUUGCGGGGUAUUUCGUUUCCGUUCAAAUAUCCAGAAAAUAAAAACGACUAUUAGUGUAGCUGGAUUGGAAACAAAAUAUUGGCCCGUUUUACCUCAGCAAGCCGAGUCUCAAGACUACCUCUCGCUUUCAGGAGGGUCCUGCCAAGUUUCCCUAAUCGGGGAUGGGGGGCGAUGUUGCUGCUGCAGCUGCUGUGUUAUCCCAAUUGAGUAUUUGGCAGAUCAUUUGUCGGAAUUGGGGAAUGUUCGGCCAGUAGUACCAGGUACACUGUGUGGGUUUUACUCAAUGUAACAAUGUGCCCCUCCCUCUCCAAAGCAUGGAAAGGGUGAGAACAUCGUAAACGUAGCGUUUUGAAAAAAAUCUUCCAGCUUAUAAAAUAUUUAGUUACACAUUUGCUCAGACUUGGGUAAAAAAAAUAAAGUAAAAAAAAUCCCCCGCUCCGAAAACAAUUAUUGAUGGAGAGAGCAAAGUCGGAAAUGUGUUUUUUAUUAUUAUAUUAUUUCAUGCGAUACCUGGAAACCUCGUUUUUCAAAACCUCCAGAUACAAAACAUCCCCAAGGGCUGCCCUUCAACGACAUCGAUCGCUUUCCCAUGCGAGGUGCGGUGGGAAACUCGGAAAUGUAGAAAUUUGAAAUGCCGAUUUUCUUUAGACUUCAGAACCUCCACCGGUCAACUUCGUUAUAUCCUAAGCACAGGCGUAAAGCACACGCGCCACCACGGUUUUAUAUACUGUUCCUAUACACUAUUUGCGGGCGAGGUAAAUUAAGGUUUUGACGUGCGCUCACUUGCGUCGUAGAACUCUCAAAUAUUCUCCUCGUGCUAAAAAUGUCAUCUCUCUAGCCCCCCCCGCGCCCCCGUGCAGAAAAUAAACAGAGUCGCUCUUUAAACGUACAAGCAGUACUGAUGUAAUUUUUCAAAGGUUCUAAAAAUAUAUACACCUCAGUGAGUCUCAAGACUCGUCACGUUUGGUCAGAUCGGACGUUCGUGAAAACGCAGUGGCCUGGUUUCCUGUUGGGAGGAACCCGGGAGUAAAACUGGGAAAUCCCAGGGCUCAGAAGCUGCAUCACACCAACAGCACCCGCCUGUGUCUUAUCUCUGCGCAUUUCAUGUCUGUACUUUCUCCCUGUGCCGCUGCGCCAUUCGCGUUUUGGCGAUGUGCCCAGCGCCAGGUUUCCUUGCGGAGAAGCGGGCGGGGCACACUGGCACACACUCCGUCCGGACCUUUUGCUCGCUCUGCCCCAAGCAGCAGCAGCAGUCUCGGCAGGGGCGUGGCGACUGAGAGGUUGGGGGGCUUUGUGGAGCCGAUAUACACGCAACCACUCGCAGCCCUGCACACACACACACAGAGGCAGCGCUAACCUUCACACACCGCCACGCACGCAGGGGCGCGGAGUAACAGCCGUACAGAGAUACCGACAGAGAACACGGGGAGACAGCCACACACGCGCGCGCUCAGACGCACAGGGACACACGCACACAGCCGCACCGCAGGCGCUCUCGCGGCACACAGCCCGCAAUGUGUUGGACGUGCCGCCCGGAGCUCAAGGUCGACUCUUGCGCGGGACUGGCGGACGACUCGAGCAUGGAACCUGUGGGCGACUGGCUGACUGAGCCGACGCAGGACGACGCGAUCGGGGCGAUGGACAAAGGGUCGCGGACCCUGGAGGCCGACUCGACACCCCUGCAGGUGGUCGCGGGGCCCCCCUCCCCUCUCCCCUCGCCCCCGCUGGCGCUGCAGACCCCCGCCCUGGUGAGGCACCUGCUGCUGUGGACGAUGGAGCCCGGCGGGGGCCACCGGGCGCCGAGCGCCGCGGCCGAGGCGCUGGAGGCGGCCGCGCUCGAGAUGACGUCGCGCUUCGGGGCGACGCUCGCGCAGAUGGCGGUGGCCAUGGAGGCGGCCGAGGGCCCCGUGGGGUCCACGCGCGACGCGGAGCGCACGCUGCGCGCCGUGGCCGACAGGAUGUUCGAGGACCGCGUCACCAACUGGGGCCGCAUCGUGAGCGUCGUGGUGUUCGCGGGCUUCGUGGCGCGGCGCGCAACCCGCGCCGGCGUCGCGGUGGACGCCGAGGCGCUCGCCGAGGGCGUGUCCCGGUACCUGCUGGAGACUCGCGGCGCGUGGAUGAGCAAGCACGGAGGAUGGGAAGGUUGCGCCAGCCAACUCCGAGGAGCCAGCCCGGAGGACGCCCUGUGGAGCGGCCUGCUGAGGGUGGUGGGGAUCGGGUUCGGCAUCGGGGUCCUCCUCACCACCUGGAGGGUCCUGCGGGGGAUCUGAGGGCGCAGUUGGUGGGUGGGCGGGGAGCCCUCGCCCACGUCUCAAGGACUGCGUGAACGCGCUCGAAGUCGAGGAACCCGUCAUGCUCUCGCCCCAACCCCCCCCCCCUCGUCUCCACAGCCCUCCGGGGGAGCGGCGGGAGAGGAAAGCGUGAAGUCACACGGAUUCAAUCCCUGCUCAGCCACUCGAGACCCUGCUGUGGGUAUAGCCAAGGGAACGCCCCCCUCCCCCGGUGGCGGCUGUCUCUACCUGGCCCAGCACAUGCGGCAUUCGUGUGCUGGCAGCGGACGAUGGACAUACAGACGACGGGUUUGGGGAUGUGAAGAUCAGGAGCCCGUGGCCUCUGAAGUUUGCACGCAGGUUUAGACAACUGUUGUGUGCACGUGUGGCGCUCCAGCACUUUGGAGGUGGUGGUUGGUGGCUCACUUCGAGAUCUGUGAAACGCUCAAACCCUGCUGGACUGCCAGGUGGUGGCCAAGAGACGGAAGCACAGGAAGUGGAAUUAGGGAAUCGAUCUGCGUGGAGCUGUGAGCAUCACCCCUUCGUCGACAGUGGCGCGGUGCUGGGUUUUCUCAGGGGUCUUCCAUGCGCAGCCAAACGCGCACCUCUCAUGGAAUGCAUGGCCACGCGUCCCAUUGUAACAGCACCCUCUGACAAUGUGGGUUCCCAAAUCAGAGACGACUCGUUAGAAACGUCGUUGUGCGCUACCAUGCAUUUGUGCACAGUCGCGAGAUCGCCAGAGUCGUUUUAUCCUACGCGCGCGAUGAUUGGUUUGUGUUGUGGCCACUUUAUUUAUUUAUUUGCCCGGCCAGACGACCCGGCUGUGGAGUGUGGCUCACGGCAAGCGGAAGGUCGUGAGGUCAAAUCUCAUCGUCAGCACCCUCCGGUAGUCGAUAAAACGAGAACCACUUUGUGGGGAAGAUCAACAGUGGUUGUCUUAUGGAUAGACUCGUCACCGCCAUAGGAAUGUAGAAUUCCCACCACUGGCUCUGCGUGGCUGUGAACUGGAAAGAUGAGCACCCAACGCCUCAACGCCAACUUGAGCACGAAGUCACUUCUACUUUUUAAUGUAACCGUUGCAAAUCUAAGCACAAUGUCGCACGUGGUACACUCACGGCUAUGGCGAUGCCAGUGUGCGAGUGAGUGUGCGAGUGUGUGUGCGAGUGAGUGUGCGAGUGUGUGUGCGAGUGAGUGUGCGAGUGAGUGUGUGCACUUUAUUUAUUCCCCGCCGAUUGACUGUGCACUUUAACCUCAUCUUUUAUAUAUUUGUUUCGCACCUUAACCCAAGGCGCUUCAAGCCGAUUGUGAAAUUGUAAAUUGAGUUGAUCGUGGCCCUGUGGCCAUACUUGGCACGCGUCCAGCGGUGCAUGCCAGACUCUGCGUGUCCGUCGUGACCGAGAAGGUUCCUCUCCCCAGACGCGAUUUGUCCUCGCCAUGUUACCCGAUGUUUGACUACGUUAUGAACUUUCAAACAAAUACAGGAAUUGGAAAGAGAGCUCCAGAAAGUGAUCGAAUCUCUGAUGAUUGCCGCAGGGAAAACAUUUGGUCACGUAUAUUUCGUUUCCUCCGAGAUUAAAUGUCAAAUGUAGUAAAUAGGUCAUCAUCGUUACCGUGGGCCCCCGAGUCCGAGAGUUGAGCUCUGGACUCGACUCGGCGGGAUGAGAGUGGCCCGAGUCAGCGCUCGGAUCAGUGCAAGUUCUCGUCUCGACGCUGUGCGCUGGGAGGGUCGACUGCCACAGUGGUGAGAUGUUAACUCACUUGCCUGGUAUGCAGAAGGUCGUGGGUUCGAUCCCAACCCCUGAUGCCUGCUGUAUAUUUGGAGUUCGCAUGUUUUCUCUUCCCGUGGUCGUGUGUAUUUUUCUCCUGGUCCUCCGGUUUUUCCCACCACAUUUAGAAUCAACAUCACGCGUUUUGAGUAGUUGGCUGCUAUAAAAUUCCACAUGAUAAGCCACUUCGUUGAGCUAUCAUUUGUGGCCAGGUCACUUCUUAAAAAGAACUACGUAGCUUAGUGAGCCUUACCUGGUAAAACAAAAUGAAUGUUUUAAUAGGUUUAAUAAAGAAGAGUUUUGUACUGUGCUGGGGCAGGACACUUCACGGCGACCAGGGGCGACAAGCCAGUGGACGAGGCUAGCUCGUGAGCGGCAGCCAAACGAGGGAGUGCGCCGGCGUGGGCAUCCAUUGAGCAGCACGGAACGACGAGAUCAGGCUGCAUGUGGGACCGUGAGAGAUGGGAACGUUUUGCGAACGCCUUUGUCCAGCAGUGGAUAUAUCAUGAUGCUGAUGUUGUCCAGAGUGAAUGAAGGAUGUCUGUGGUGUUAAUUUAAUGCGCGUCUGUUGUGAAUAAAGCUCGAAUCUAUU